AUCAAAAGAAAAAGAAAAAAUACGGAGUAAUCUAUAUAUUCCAUUUCUAUAUCCUUCUCGCCACACGCUCAGCGUCACCGUCUCUUUCAUAGCAAAAUGCCCGGCGCUUCAGCAUCCGGCGGCCGCACCAGCGUCCGUGUAGUGGUCGUCGGCGACCGCGCAACCGGGAAGUCCAGUCUAAUCGCGGCGGCUGCUUCCGAUUCCUUCCCGGAGAAUGUUCAGCCGGUGCUUCCUCCCACUCGCCUACCUGGAGAUCUCUUUGCGGAGAACGUUCCGGUUACGAUCAUCGAUACAUCAUCGAGUUUGGAAAGCAGAGGCAGGCUCGCGGAGGAAUUGAAGCGAGCCGAUUCAGUAGUAUUGACCUAUGCGUGCGAUCAACCCUCCUCUAUGAAUCGCUUGGGCUCUUUCUGGCUUCAGGAGUUUCGUCGCCUGGAGAUCAAAGCACCUAUUGUUAUUGUUGGAUGCAAGCUAGAUAAGCGAGGCGAGGAGCAUCAUCUGAAUCUAGAACAGGCCAUGGGGCCUAUCAUGAGGCAGUUUCGGGAGAUUGAGACUUGCAUUGAAUGUUCUGCAGCUAAUUUUGUUCAGGUAAUUGAUGCAUUCUACUAUGCACAAAAGGCAGUACUUCAUCCAACAACUCCCAUAUUUGAUCACGAAUCCCAGUCUCUUAAACCCCGUUGUGUUAGGGCUUUGAAAAGGAUAUUUAGCCUUUUUGAUCUUGACGAGGAUGGUGCUCUCAAUGAUGAAGAGCUUAAUGACUUUCAGGUCAAAUGUUUCAAUGCACCACUACAGCCAGCUGAAAUAGUAGGAGUUAAACGGGUAGUAAAGGAGAAGAUACCAGCAGGUGUCAAUGAUAUUGGGCUUACUUUGACGGGGUUUCUCUUUCUUCACGCUCUUUUUAUAGAAAAGGGCCGUCUUGAGACAACUUGGACAGUUUUAAGGAAAUUUGGGUACAAUGAUGAAAUUAAACUGAGGGGUGAUUGCUUGCCUAUUCCAUCUAAAAAAUAUCCGGAUCAGAGCAUUGAAUUAACUAGCGAAGCUGUUGAGUUAUUGAAGGGAAUCUUUAGUGCAUUUGAUGAUGAUAAAGAUGGUGUGCUUACAAGUUCCGAGCUUGAUGAACUAUUUUCAACAGCGCCAGAAAAUCCCUUGGAAGAAUCUCCAUAUAAGGAGGCAGUUGAAAGAACUCCACUUGGGGGUUUAUCACUUUCUGCAUUCUUGUCUGAGUGGGCUCUUAUGACAUCAGUGGAUCCAUCUCAUAGUUUGGCCAACUUAACAUAUAUUGGAUACAACUGUGAUUCAGCCUCUGUACUCCGAGUUACUAGGCGGAGAUCAGUAGACUGUAAGAAGCAACAAUCAGAUAGAAGUGUCUACCAAUGCUUUGUUUUUGGACCUAAAAAGGCGGGAAAAUCUUCUUUAUUGAAAUCAUUUUUGGGAAGGCCCUUCUCUAAUGAAUAUGUACCUACAACUGAUGAGCGGUUUGUUGCAAAUGCUGUUGACUGUCCUGGGGGAAUUAAGAAAACUCUUAUACUUCGGGAGAUCCCAGAAGAUGAAAUUAAAAAACUAUUAUCUACUAAGGAGUCUUUAGCAGCUUGUGACAUAGCUGUGUUUGUAUAUGACAGUUCAGAUGAGUAUUCUCUAAAAAGAACUUCAGAAUUACUCAUGGAUGUGGCGAGGCAGGGGGAAGUUAGUGGCUUCAGUGUGCCAUGUCUAUUUAUUGCUGCAAAAGAUGAUUUGGAUUCAUAUCCAAUGGCAAUCAAAGAUUCUGCAAAGAUAUGCCUGAAUUUUAGGAUUGAUUCGCCUAUUCAUUUGAGCGUGAAGGAGAGGGAUUUGAACAGUGUGUUCAGUCGAAUUGUAAAUGCAGCUGAACACCCUCAUUUGAGUGUUCCCGAAACUCAAAUUGGACGCAACCAGAAACGUUUUCGGCAGCUUGUCAACCGCUCUCUUGUCUCUGCCUCGGUUGCAGCUGGUGUAGGUAUAGUUGGAUUGGCCGCAUAUCGCUCUUAUGCUGCAAGGAAGAGAACAUAGAAGACAUAACUAUUCAUUCAUUCAUCAUUUUGUUUGUUGAUGUGCUGCUGGCGGUCAUCAAUCAAACACAACACCUAAAUAACGUAGCGCACUUAGCAUUCCCAGUGUGCAACUGGUAACACCGUAGUUAUGUGUGUGUGUGUGUGUAUAUAUAUAUGUGUGUGUGUGUGUGUGUGUAUAUAUAUGUGUGAGGUUCUAGUGUGUGUGUGUGUGUAUAUAUAUAUGGUGAGGUUCUAGUGACACCGUAGUACGGUGACACUCCGGUGCCACUGUCAUUUUGGAGCACUUUCUGUGUUCCGUUUGCAAAAUUAAUGGUUCCUACCCCGUAUUGUAUACAAACUUUGUAAUGGACAAUGUCAGUCUUUUUUUUUCUUGUUUUGUCCCGUAAAACAAUGAGUCUUGUAUUUGAUUAUUUUACAAGUUUUAAAUGUUAGUUACUAGUUAGAGUAUAUUUACGGGAAAUCAUCAAUUAUAUGAUGACACUAAGAGCUUGUU